AUGGAUAUUGCUUUUGAUAGCGAAGAAAAUAUAAUCAUUGCUGAUUCUGGCAAACACUGUUUACAAAAGUAUUAUCAAGAUGGUAGAAUUAUAACAUUAUAUACAUCCAAAGAUAUGUUACCAUCAAGUUUGUUCGUCGAUGAAUAUGAUAAUAUUUAUUUUGCAGAUCAAAAUGAUCAUACAGUUAAGAAAUUAACAAAAGCUGGAGUAAUGACGAUUGUAGCUGGUAUUCAAGAUAAACCUGGCUCGCAAUUGAAUCAAUUAGAUACACCAUAUGGUAUUUAUGUUGAUCGAAACAAUGUAUUAUAUAUAUCUGAUACAGCAAAUCAACGUAUUGUGAAAUAUUUGCCCAAUAAUCAAGGAAUUCAAAUUAUUGCAAAUGCCAGUGAUUUGAAUUUACCAGGAUGCGUCUUUGUUGAUGAAACUGGUGAUGGUGCUCUCUACGUAAGUGAUUUAUACAAUCAUCAAGUACUGAAAUAUGCUCCUGGUGCAUCAAAAGGUAUUGUUGUAGCAGGCGGACGAGGAUUUGGUAAAGCAUUGAAUCAAUUAUAUCAACCACAUGCUGUGUUUGUUGAUUCAACAACUGGUAGUCUAUUCGUUAUGGAUAACGGUAAUUACCGUUUAGUUAAAUGGUCGAAAGGUACCGAGCAAGGUGAAUUAUUAAGUGGUACAACACGAAUAAUAUCAGGAACUGGUAUACGAUUUGAUUCUCAAUGGAAUUUAUAUGUAGUUGAUCAAGGAGCCAAACGUGUAUUGACCUUUGAAUUUAAUUCGAAUUCAUGUAAAUGA